AUGACCACCGGAUUCAGCUCCAGUUCUUGCCGAUUCGCAGAUUAUUUCGUGAUCUGCGGACUCGACACCGACAGCGGACUGGAGCCAGACGAGCUGUCCGGUGAGAAUUUUGAGCAGAGUCCACUGCGACGAACUUUUAAAUCCAAAGUUUUAGCACAUUAUCCUGAGAAUGUGGAGUGGAAUCCAUUUGACCAGGAUGCUGUGGGGAUGCUCUGUAUGCCAAAGGGUUUGUCGUUCAGGACACAGGUGGACUCUCGGGAGCCUCAUUUUCACUCUUAUAUCAUCACCAGAGAAGACGGCUCUCGGACCUAUGGCUUUGCUCUCACCUUCUUUGAGGAGGUGACCAGUAAGCAGAUCUGCAGUGCAAUGCAGACUCUCUACCACAUGCACAACGCAGAGCAGUAUGACAUCUUGCACACGCCCACAUCUCCCAAAUCUCCUCGAGGACUGGAAGAGCCACGGCAGAGGCCCAUUCUUCAGGCCGCCCCUGCCAUCUCCCGCCUUCAGCGCUUCAACUCCUACGACAUCAGCCGUGACACUCUGUUCGUCUCUAAAUGUAUCUGUCUAAUCACACCAAUGGCUUUUGCUCAGGCCUGUAGGAAGGUGCUCGAGCAGCUUUACCAGGCUGUGUCAUCUCCCCGGCCACCUCCUCUGCCUUUAGAAAGCUACGUCUUUAACGUCCUGUUUGAGGUGCCCCUGCCUCCAUCCGGACGCUCUCUGAAGUUCUCAGGGGUGGACGGGCCCAUCGUGUGCCAACGGCCCAGCACCUCAGAGCUGCCCCUCUUUGACUUUGCCAUCGGGGAAGUGUUUGAGCUGCUGGGAGUGGAGAACGUACUUCAGCUGUUCACAUGUGCACUGCUGGAGAUGCAGAUACUGCUUUACUCACAGCAUUACCAGAGACUGAUGACGGUGGCAGAAAGCAUCACAGCCUUAAUGUUCCCUUACCAAUGGCAGCACGUUUACGUUCCCAUUUUACCCGCGUCACUCCUCCACUUUCUGGAUGCGCCUGUGCCGUAUCUGAUGGGCCUUCACUCCAAUGGACAAGACGACCGCACUAAACUAGAGCUGCCCCAAGAGGCUAAUUUAUGUUUUGUCGACAUUGACAACCACUUCAUCGAACUCCCUGAGGAGCUACCUCAGUUUCCCAACAAACUGGAGUUUAUUCAAGAGAUUUCCGAGGUCCUUAUGUCGUUCAACAUUUCUCCAGAGGGCCGGCCGCACUCCAGCGACAGACCGCCCAAAUACAGGGGUCUCCGUCCUGUGGAUGUUUCAGACAAACGCAAUGGGAACUUGGCGUCACCACUCAACUCCUACCUGCUGAGAGAGAAUGAAACGAUCGCCAGGCUUCAAGCACUGGUGAAGAGAACCGGAGUCAGCCUGGAGAAGCUGGAGGUCAGUGAUGACGCCAGUGGGAUCAGAGAUGCUCCGGCUCAGUGCGAUGAGGAGGAGCUCAAGAUGCACCAGCUCAACAUCCACAUCCGGGAAGUCUUUGCCAACCGCUUCACUCAGAUGUUUGCGGACUACGAAGUGUUCGUCAUCCAGCCCAGUCAAGACAAGGAGUCCUGGUUCACCAAUCGUGACCAGAUGCAGAACUUUGACAAGGCCUCUUUCCUGUCGGAUCAGCCAGAGCCGUACCUGCCCUUCUUGUCCCGGUUCCUGGAGACGCAGAUGUUCGCCUCGUUCAUCGACAGUAAAAUCCUCUGCCACGACGACGAGGAGAAAGAACACACGCUGCGGGUGUUCGACUCGCGCGUGGAUAAGAUCCGCAUGUUAAACGUCCGCACGCCCACGCUGCGCACUUCCAUGUACCAGAAAUGCACUAACAUUGAAGAAGCAGAAAAGGCCAUUGAAAUGAGAGUGCACAAGAUUGACCACACUGCACUGCACCCGCAUCUUCUGGACAUGAAGAUUGGACAAGGACGCCACGACCAGGGCUUUUUCCCUCGGCUCCAGUCGGAUGUGCUUUCCACUGGGCCCCCUACCAACAAAUGGACGAAGAGGAGCGCCCCUGCCCAGUGGAGGAAGAGAGAUCGACAGAAGCAGCACGCCGAGCACCUAUAUUUGGAUAAUGACCAGAGAGAGCAUGUAGAGUGUUUGUUUCCGGAGCUGCAGCUCUUGCUCUUUCUCGACUACUACUGGCUCUCUCAGUCCUUCAGGCCCUGUUUAAAGUCGGUCUCUGUGGAUGUGAAAUAUAUUCAAGAAGCUAGAAAUCUGGGCACAACCAUCAGACAACCCAAACUGUCCAACUUGUCGCCUUCGGUUAUUGCUCAGACAAACUGGAAAUUUGUUGAGGGGUUGCUGAAAGAGUGCAGGAACAAGACUAAGCGUAUGCUGGUGGAGAAGAUGGGCCGAGAGGCGGUGGAGUUGGGCCAUGGAGAGGUGAGCAUUACUGGUGUGGAGGAAAACACUCUGAUCGCCAGUCUGUGCGACCUGCUGGAGAGGAUCUGGAGCCACGGGCUGCAAGUCAAACAGGGAAAGUCUGCCUUGUGGUCGCACCUGCUGCACUAUCAGGAGAGCAAAGAGAAGAGCGCGACUCCGGGAGGUUUGGGGCCCUCAGGUUUCAUCCACGACACAGAGAGACGCAAGUCGGACGGAGGAGUGUCGGCCAUGCCCCCGCUUAAAAUAUCACUCAUUCAGGACAUGAGGCACAUUCAGAACAUCAGUGAAAUCAAGACGGAUGUUGGAAAAGCCCGGGCCUGGGUUCGCCUCUCUAUGGAGAAGAAGCUGCUCUCCAGACAUCUGAAACAACUGCUUUCCGAUCAAGAGCUCACCAAAAAACUGUACAAACGUUAUGCCUUUCUGCGCUGCGAUGACGAGAAAGAGCAGUUUCUGUAUCACCUCCUCUCGUUCAAUGCAGUGGACUACUUCUGUUUCACCAAUGUCUUUACAACGAUCAUGAUCCCGUACCAUGUGGUGGUGGUCUCCAGUAAGAAGCUGAGUGGGUCCAUGUUCACAGCAAACCCCUGGGUGUGUGUUUCCGGUGAACUUGCAGAGACAGGUGUUCUGCAAGUCCCCAGAAAUACUUUGGAAAUCACAUUUGAGUGUCAGAACCUGGGAAAGCUGACCACGGUGCAGAUGGGUCACGAUAACUCAGGUCUCUAUGCCAAGUGGCUAGUGGAGUGCAUUCUAGUGCGCAAUGAAAUCACAGGACACACAUACAAAUUUCCUUGCGGCCGGUGGUUGGGUAAAGGUGUGGAUGAUGGCAGUCUGGAGAGGAUUCUUGUUGGGGAGCUCAUGACCCCCAGCUCGGAAAAUGAUGAAAGACUUUGCCGCACUCCUCCAAUGCAACAGUCUCCUGGCAUGAUGAGGAGGUUUGUCACCAUCUCGCCAAACAGUAAACCAAAGCUAAACACAGGGCAGAUCCAAGAGGGAGUUGGAGAAGCCAUCAAUGGGAUUGUAAAGCAUUUCCACAAGCCGGAAAAGGAGAGGGGCAGUUUAACGCUUCUACUUUGUGGAGAGUAUGGUCUUGUCUGGGCUCUGGAGCAAGUUUUCCAACAUGGAUUCAAAUCACCCCGCUUAUUUAAAAAUGUUUUUAUUUGGGAUUUUUUAGAAAAAUCACAGAUUUACUUUGAAAGCGCUGAACAGAGAGAGGUGAAUCCAGACGAAAACUGGCAGAGCAGAGUGCGCCACUUUUGCCGUUUUAUGCGUGCCAUCAACAGCAAUCCAAGAAAUAUUGGCAAAGAUGGGAAGUUUCAAAUGAUGGUCUGUCUUGGAGCCAGGGAUCACUUGCUACAUCACUGGAUUGCGCUGCUGGCAGACUGCCCGAUCACGGCUCAGAUGUACGAGGACACUGCACUGAUCAAAGACCGGACAUUGGUGAACUCUCUGAUCAGAGUGCUUCAGACUCUGCAGGAGUUUAAUAUCACCCUAGAGGCGUCUCUCGUCAAAGGGGUGGGCAUCUAA